GCCAUGUCCGAGGACGAAGACGGCGCCUUUGACGAGACGGGGCGGAUCGGCAACACCGACUGGUGCCAGUGCGGAUGUUGCGCGCAGAUGCCGACAGCUGACGAGUGCGUCUGCUGCCGCGAGUACCCCGCCGCCGCGUCGAGGCAACCUGGCUGCCUAACAAGCAACCCGGAUUUCGAGACGGUGUGCUUGAAUCCGGGGGUGCUCGAGGUCGCCUACCUCAUGAUGCGCCACUACCGCCAGGACGGAAUGGGCACAACAGCGCACGAGCGCAACCGCUACGCCGCCUACCGGCAGUGCGUCCUGUGGCUGUGGCGGCGCCUUGGCCAGCACAACAGGCGACCACUGCCAUCCUGUGUGGUGAAGGCCAUCAGGGGCCAGUUUCCCGACACUUCAUAUUCUGGCUUUCGGCACAGUCACUGA